AUGACAGAACGUCUCGUGGAUACUUUCCAAGGAGCUUUGCUUAAGGCGGAAGGGGAAGGAACCACAGCAAACAUCCUACAACAAUUCCUCUUAAGGUGUCACCUGACUCAAAACCCAUCCACGCAGUCCAUGGUUCGAACCCGAAUUCUGCCUCUCGACUUCCCCUGUCUAGACUUGGGCAACCUGGCAGCAUCCCAGCCCUCGUGCCUCCCCCCUGUGGCAUGGCUACAGCUGAACGAUUUUUGUGCACUAAAAAUGCGAGUUUCAGCCUUCAAGAACCCUGUUGGGUCGAGAUGGCUCAAGUGGUUAGAGCGCGAAUUUACUGACCAGAAGAUCCGUGGUUCGAAACCGACCUCUGCCACUCGACUUCACCUGUCUAGGCUUGGGCAACCUGGCAGUAUCCCAGCCCUCGUGCCUCCUUGGUGUGGCAUGGUAGCUAGGCACCGAAAGGGUGCAAUAGGUGAACGAUUAUUAUUAUUAUUUAUUACCAUACCACUACACGAAAAUCCAUCUUGUUUGCGGACAUCGACAUGGAUUAGUCAGUCAGUGUUCCACCACUCUAGUCUCAAUGAACACAGUAAUCUUAGAAACUUGAUAAAGAAAAAAUCCGACGAUGAUGUUGGUGUUCUCAGCCAGAUCAGUCGACGUAGAUAUGCAAGUGUGAACACGUUCGCCUGUUCAGACGUGAUGAUUCAGAUGCGUCCAACAUGUCCGGGGUUCGAUUCCCGGCACGGCCAUUGGAUAUGCACUGAUGAUCGCUCUAAUAUAAGAGCGAGGCUCGAUUCCAGUGCUUCCCUUUGGUGUGGACUCACUGGAACAAUUACGCCAGAACAGGAAGACGACCGUUCAAACGAGAGUGGUGUGGCUAUGAACAAAAUACGCAUCCCACAAAACCCCAAGAUUGCAAAUCAAAUAAUAUGCUGUUUCAGGUUCGCAGUGACUCCAUCAUAG